AUGGCAGGCAAGAAAAAAGAAAUUCAGCUGCAGGCAACAAUACUCAAUCAGACUCAGUGGGAAGAAAUGUUAUUGGUUAAAGGUCUAACAGUAGUGGAUGUUUAUCAGGCUUGGUGUGGGCCUUGCAAAGCUGUGGUUAACUUGUUCAGAAGAUUAAAAAAUGAAUACGGUGAAGAUGACCUUCUACAUUUUGCUGUGGCAGAGGCGGAUAACGUUUUGACUCUGGCCCCAUUUAGAGACAAAUGUGAACCUGCGUUUAUCUUCUGUGUGGAUGGCAAAAUGAUUGAUAUAGUAAAAGGAGCAAAUGGACCUCUCUUGAGUAAAAAAGUAGUGGCAGUACUAGAACAAGAGAGAAAAAUCGUAGCAGGAGAAAUGCCACGGCCUGAGGUUCAAGAGCUCAUAUUUUUUGAAGAGAAAGAACCAGAGGAAGAAGCAGAAGAGGAAGAAGCUGGAGAGCAAGAAAAAUACACCGUUGUCAUUAUCAAACCUGAUGCAGUCGCUGAAGGCAAAGUUGAAGAAAUUAUUCAAACGAUUACAGAAGCUGGCUUCAUCGUUGCUGCACACAACGAGAAGAUUUUAAAUGAAGAGGAAGUUCGGGAUUUUUACAGAAACAGAUCAGAAGAGCCUGACUUUGAAGACUUUGUUGCAUUUAUGGUGUCCGGACCAAGUCACAUUCUGAUAGUGGUGGAAGGUAAAGAAGCACAUGAAGUUAUGCCUCUUGAGAUGUCAAAUUUAUGUGACAUUCAUGAUAGCGUCGAAGAAGCAAGCAGGCAACUAGCAUUCUUCUUCCCUGAUUUUUUGAAAAAGGCGACGGGCCCUAAUGUCGAAAGAACAUUGGCCUUGAUUAGACCCGCACUCUUAAGGGAAAGAAGGGAAUCUAUUCUCAAGAGGAUCGAGGAUGACGGUUUUACCAUAGCGAUGCAAAAGGAAAUCGUUCUGACAGAAGAUCAAGCACGCCAGUUUUACAAGGAGCACGAAAAUGAAGAUUUUUUCCCAGUACUCCUAGAAGAAAUGACCAGUGGACCAACUCUUGCGCUUGGUUUGGUGAGAGAAAAUGCAGUAGAAAAAUGGAGAAAAUUACUGGGCCCAAAGGUUAUUGAGGAAGCAAAGGAACAAUGUCCAAACAGUUUGCGUGCUGAGUUUGCCAUUGACAGUGCGCCUAUCAAUCAGCUACAUGGCAGCGCUUCUGCCGGUCAAGCAGCAAAGGAGUUAGAGUUCUUCUUCCCAGUGGAGCACACGUUGGCUGUCAUUAAACCCUCUGCUCUUGAAGAACACAAAGAUGACAUUAUAGGUCAAGUGAAAGAGGCCGGAUUUAUCAUAUCUGAAAUGCAAGAAACACACAUAACUCCUGAGAUUGCAGCACAGUUUUAUAAAGCUCACGAAGGGCAGCCCUUUUAUGAACAGUUGGUGGAAUACAUGUCCAAAGGCCCGUCGAUGGUGAUGAUUCUAACCAAAGAAAAUGCGGUGGAGGAUUGGCGAAAAUUAAUGGGGCCCACAGAUCCAGAAGCAGCCAAGCAGAUUUCUCCUCAAUCACUACGUGCUCAGUUUGCUCAAGAUAUUUUGCGCAAUGCUGUUCAUGGAUCGUCCACUGCAGACCAUGCAGUACAAAGCAUUCAGUACCUCUUUGGAGAUAUUGAUCUGGAGAGCCUCAAACACAAAUUAAUAUACCUGUAA